AUGUUGUUAUAUAGGCCUACCAUGAGAGUGGCGGUAAGACCGUUACAGUAUGCCAGGUUCCAAUCCUCGUACACCAGCAUUACUAAAUUGACCAAUCUAACAGAAUUUAAGAAUCUCAUCAAGCAAAAUGACAAACUGGUGAUUGAUUUUUAUGCCACUUGGUGCGGUCCUUGUAAGAUGAUGCAACCACAUUUAACGAAGUUGAUUCAAGCCUACCCAGAAGUAAGAUUUGUCAAAUGCGACGUGGAUGAGUCUCCAGAUAUUGCAAAAGAGUGUGAAGUGACGGCUAUGCCCACUUUUGUUCUUGGCAAAGACGGCCAACUCAUCGAUAGGAUCAUCGGAGCCAAUCCUGAUGCGUUGGGAAAGGGAAUCAAGGACCUAUAA